AUGACUACAUCUACUAUUAAUUUCAAGCUUUAUUUGGCUCCUGGAGCCUCGGAGAAGUUCUCCAUCGAAUCGUCAAGUCUCCAGAAUCUCAUGGAGAAUUUGGAGAUGAAACUCGGCGAGCUCGGCCUCACGCUCGAAGUGAUUUAUUGGAGAAAUCCACGUGGAAAUCUGAUCUCGUUGGGUCAGAAGACGCGUGGAAUGAUGCGAAUGGUGGAGGAGAAGGAGACGAUCUCGAUUUAUGCGAUUGCGGAUUCGGAUUCUGAGGAUUCGGAUGAUUCAGAGGAUUCCGAUGAUGACGAUGACGAAGAGAUCGUUGUUAUGGAGGCAUCUGGAGACGAGGCACCACGCCGACGAGCCGGAAGCCGUGGCCCCAGAAGCCGUGGCCACAGUCGUGAGCGUCGCGAACGUCGCUGUGGCCGUAAGGCGCUAGAAGGAGCGUGCAGACGAGGAUUCAAAGGUUUCGGAGGUCCAGCCGCAUUCAGAAGACGCCACGUCUUCGGAGGAGGACGUCGUCACUGUUUUGGAGGCAAACCACGACGAUCCGCAUCGGCGCCACCGUGCCAGAAGAGACAACGAUUGGAGGAUGGAGAGGAGGGAUGCAGAAGACGUGGAUUCCCAAGAUUCGGAGGAUUCGGAGGUCACCACCAUCGUGGAGGAUUCGGAGGCUGCCGUCGUGGAGGCUUCGGAGGACAUCACGGUUUCGGAGGACGCCCUGAAGGAUUCGAGGGAGGACCACGUGGCUUCGGAGAAGGAGGACACCCAGGAUUUGGUGGGCACCACGGAUUCUCUGGAUUCGAGCAUCCACGUGGAUUUGGAGGACAUCACCACCACCGUGGAGGAUUCGGAGGUCAUCACGGAUUCCCAGGACACCACGGCUUCGACGGACGUCAUCAUGGAUUUGGACGCCCUGAAGGAUUCGGAGGACAUUAUCGUGGAUUCGGUGGAUUCGGAAGAUGUGGACCAUUCUAA